UGCCUUACAUAAUCAGGAUUCUAUUUAUAGCCAGGAUGCUGGAAAUAAGACAAGGGCUGGACCACGGCUGCAAGGGGUAACACACCAUGCGACUCUGUGGCACGUGCUGCUACCAUCUCAUUGGACAAUAUCCAGAGCUGACCCCAGCAGAUCUCUGCUACUAUGCCUGCUGUAAGACAUCUCGCCGUCCAACGAACCUCCUCCCGACCAAUCACGCGCAGGCAAAUAUAAAUGGAGGCCAAGUGAGUUACUCCGGCCCGUCAGCUAUUACUGCAAGGACCCCACAUUGUCAUCGCUGCCAACAUGCUCGUAGUAAUGAUAAUGGCCCUUGUCUCCUAGAUGUUCCCCAGAUCCGGACGAGAAAAGAGGGACAAAGAAACCACUAAGUCUAGAUCUAAAAACGUCCUUGGAAAUAUGUCGAGCCCGGCGCCCUACGAGGGGAAACUAUGCUGUGCUAUCUGCGGCGACGCGAUCCUACCGCCGACGCCGGAGCUCAGCUCAGCUGAAAGAUGGCAGACGGAAGCCGUGCUCCUCAGCGACCCGGACAGGGAGUUCGAGCACCUGGAGGAGCACUACCGGGGAGGGAAGAAACGGGAUGCUAAACGACUGGAUAUCUCCACGGCGCGGGAGAUACGGAAGGACCGUGCGCGCGUGAUUGAGAAAGAUCGCCUUCGCAUCAUCGCCGCUAAUCAGGAUGGGGACGCAGAUAUGGAGCAGGAAGAAGUGGAUUCCAACCGCUCAUACGGCCGCGAAGAGAACGGCGAAUGGGUAGUGACACCGUACUAUAUCGCGACGCACGAGGCAUGUCUUGAGGUAGCCGAGACUGUCAUGCGUCGUUCGCCGCACGAUAUCGCCGUCCGCGACUUGCGUACCCUGUGGAAGGUCCUGCGCAUGCGCUUCAAGGUCGACGAUAUGUAUCUCAUGAGCUCGAGUAUCGAAUUUGUAGCAUCGCCUCAGCGAAUCCAAUUACCUCACAGCUAUUACAUGCCAUUCCGAUUUGCUCCCAUGUUGUCAGGGUCUUUUCCUAGCGGGGAGAUUGAUCGGAAGGUUGAGCGAUGGGAAGCAGCUUACCCCCUACACGUGUCCGACCUAACCUCCGCAGUCCUUGAAAACCUAAGCAGCCUACCUCCCGCAACGGCAGCAAUCCCACAAGCCGUAUCCUUUCAGAAGAGAUUCCUCGCGCUCCCCCCAGAGCUCCGAGACCACGUAUGCUCGUUCCUAGCAUCGCGCAACGGCAUGCCAGGCACCUGCAACGGGUUACUACCGCAAUGGAUAUGGCGCGAAGUCCUGCUCCGCGGCGAAUGCCUGCCGUUCCUGCGGGACCUCGACGUCGCCGUCGUCAGGGACUUCUGCGCGCGCUGGGGCCGCGAGCACGGCAGCCAAGAACCCAACUGGGAGCUGCUCGUGCGCAAGCUCAGCCAGGAGGCCUGGAGCAUCUGGGACGCGGAGAGCAGCUCGCUGAAAGUGCCUAGCGGCCUGCGCAACCGAAGGCGGAUCUGGCAGCUGAUUGAGGAGAUGUACGUUGGAGAUCUGGUACCGGUGAAGCGAAUGAUGCGGGUGAGUAGCGACCACGUGGUGGUGCCGAGAUACUGGGAUGAGCGUGGGGAGGUGAUGCAUCCGGUCGUGAGGGUUCAGGUUGGUUCUAGGGAUAAACUGAGAUCAGUGAUGGCUUAAAGCUAUAUAUGAACCCGUUAGACCGAGGCGGAGGAUAUAAUAGCGAUUAAAAGGCUGUAAUAGUCAAGCGUAAUGAUCUAAACAAUGCUGAGGGUAAGAGUGAAUGCUUUCUUGGGCUAUGAUAUGGGUUUAGAGGAUAUUAUAGCGCGUAUCAACGGCAUUGUUACUUGAGUUACCUACGGAUGCAAACUUCUCCAGCCACUACAUCAAACCAAUAAGAGGAAUAUCACUUCACGGAAAUUUGAAUUUACUUGGGCUGCCACAUUAUGGGUUCGUAUGUUAAUCUUGACCAGAACAAAACUCAUCAUACAUUUAUUUUUCAGUUCUCG